CCCCGCCUCGCGCGGUGCUGGAAGGGCGGCGCUCCGGGCUCCGGAGCAGGCGGCGGGCGCCGCAGGAUUACACUCCGCUGCUCCCCGGGACCCGCCAAGAGAGGAGCAGCAAAGAGCAUGGAAGCCAGGACAGAGCGACUGAGAGCAAAAACACAACAAAGACUUCUGGGCUCCUGCCAUCUUUAAAACUCUGGUUAUUGACAAAGAAGGGGAAGCAUUACGAUAAGGGUCAGACAGACGUGAAGUUAAGCCAGGAGAACGAGAUAAGGCUUGGGAGAUGGACAAUUGCAGCUGUGACUAGUGGAGUGUCAUGUCACUUCCAGACUUUCCCCUCUUUGCCCCUCUUAGAUUAAAGGCUUUGCGUGGAAGACUGUGGCUGGAUAAGAGUUACUAACUUUUGGAAAUUGAAGAUGGUGCUACCGUGGAAACAGUUGUUCCUGCUUUCAUUCAUUGGCUGCCUUGGAGAUCUUGAAAACUUUAAAACUAAAAUGAGAACUACAGUGUCUGUUCGAGAAGGUCAAGGAGUUGUGCUGCUUUGCAGACCACCGCCUCAUUCUGGAGAACUGUCAUUUGCUUGGAUCUUCAAUAAAUAUCCAUCGUUUGUACAAGAGGACAGUCGCCGAUUUGUGUCUCAAGAGACUGGGCAUCUCUACAUAGCUAAAGUGGAGCCAUCAGAUGUAGGAAAUUACACCUGUGUUGGGACCAGCACUGUAACAAACACCAGAGUUCUCAGUUCACCAACCCCUCUAGUGCUGCGCACAGAUGGUGUUAUGGGUGAAUAUGAACCCAAAAUAGAAGUUCAGUUUCCUGAGACACUUCCUGCAGCUAAAGGUUCAACAGUGAAACUGGAAUGUUUUGCCCUAGGAAACCCGGUGCCUCAGAUAAACUGGAGAAGAACUGAUGGCCUGCCAUUUCCAAGUAAAGUAAAGUUGAGGAAAUCCAGUGGCAUGAUUGAAAUUCCAAAUUUCCAGCAGGAGGAUGCAGGCCUCUAUGAGUGCAUUACUGAAAACUCAAGAGGGAAAAACAUUGCAAGAGGACGUCUCACCUAUUAUGCAAAACCUCACUGGGUCCAGAUUAUAAAAGAUAUUGAAGCUGCAGUGGAGGACAGUUUAUACUGGGAAUGUAGGGCAAAUGGGAAGCCCAAACCAUCCUACAGAUGGACAAAGAAUGGAAACACUCUAGCAUUAGAGGGGAGGAUCCAAACUGAAGGUGGUACACUUAUAAUAACAAACCUAAAUCUGACAGAUUCUGGCAUAUACCAGUGCAUAGCUGAAAACAAACAUGGAGUGAUAUAUUCCAGUGCAGAGCUCAGGGUUGUUGCUUCUGCUCCAGAUUUCUCCAAGAACCCAAUGAAGAAACUGAUUCAGGUUCAGAUAGGCAGCACAGUAAAUUUUGAGUGCAAGCCAAAAGCUUCCCCUAAGGCAAUUUGCUCCUGGAAGAAGGGAAGCGAGCUGCUACAGGAAAAUGAAAGAAUAACAUUAUUAAAAGAUGGAGGCCUAAGACUAGCUAAUGUGACUAAAUUAGAUGCUGGAAGUUACUCGUGCCUGGCAGAGAAUCAGUUUGGAACAGCCAGUAGAACAACAAGCUUAAUAGUAACAGAGCCAACAAGGAUAACUCUGGCACCUUCAAACAUGGAUGUUACUGUUGGAGAGAGUGUAAUCUUGCCAUGCCAAGUUCAGCACGAUCCAUUGCUAGACAUUAGCUUUGCGUGGUAUUUUAAUGGAACGCUCACCGAUUUCAAAAGAGAUGCUUCUCAUUUUGAGAAAGUAGGUGGGAGUGCAUCAGGAGACUUAAUGAUUAGAAACAUCCAACUGAAACACAGUGGAAAAUACGUUUGCAUGGUAAAGACAGAAGUGGAUAGUGUAUCAUCAGCAGCAGAUCUGAUAGUACGAGGCUCCCCUGGCCCUCCUGAACAUGUGAAAGUGGAUGAAAUAACGGAUACCACAGCUCAGCUCUCUUGGCAAGAGGGUGAAGAUAAUCACAGCCCAGUCACUACUUACGCCAUUCAGGCGAGAACACCAUUUUCAGUGGGUUGGCAGAGAGUCACCACAGUCCCUGAUGUCAUCGAUGGAAACACUUACACAGCCACGGUAGUGGAUUUAAAUCCUUGGGUUGAAUAUGAAUUUCGUGUCGUUGCCAAUAACAAAAUUGGAGGUGGAGAACCUAGUUUACCCUCAGAAAAAGUAAGAACUGAAGAGGCAGUUCCUGAAAUAGCUCCAUCUGAAGUAAGUGGGGGAGGAGGCAGCAGGUCUGAACUUGUCAUAACAUGGGAUCCUGUUCCUGAGGAAUUACAAAAUGGUGAAGGAUUUGGAUAUGUUGUUGCUUUUCGACCUCUUGGCAUUACAACAUGGAUACAGACUGUAGUCACAUCUCCUGAUACUCCAAGAUAUGUCUUUAGAAAUGAAAGCAUCCUGCCAUUUUCACCAUAUGAAGUCAAAGUUGGUGUAUAUAAUAAUAAAGGAGAAGGACCAUUUAGCCCAGUAACCACAGUGUUUUCUGCUGAAGAGGAGCCUACCAUAGCACCUUCUGGUGUCUCUGCAAAAAGCUUGUCAUCUUCAGUAAUUGAAGUUUCCUGGAAUGCCAUUCCUUGGAAAAUGAGUAGUGGACGGUUACUGGGUUAUGAGGUCAGGUACUGGAAUAAUGGUGGAAAAGAAGAAUCUUCAAAUAAAGUAAAAGCUACAGGGAAUGAGACAUCAGUAAGAAUAACAGGCUUGAAGAGCAACUUAGUGUAUUACACAGCUGUCCGGGCAUACAACAGUGCUGGGUCAGGACCCUUUAGCGCCACAGUAAAUGCCACCACAAAAAAGACACCACCCAGUCAGCCUCCAGGAAACGUUAUAUGGAAUGUUACAGAUUCCAAGGUAGUACUGAACUGGGAGCAAGUGAAAGCAAUGGAGAAUGAAUCCGAAGUAACUGGAUAUAAGGUUUUGUUCAGGACUAGCAAUCAAAACCAUGUGAAUGAACUGAACACAAAUAUGACAUCAGCAGAACUUUUACUCCCGUUCAAUGAGGAUUACAUCAUAGAAAUAAAAGCAACAACUGACGGUGGAGAUGGCACUAGCAGUGAUCAGAUCAGGAUUCCCAAACUGACUAGUAUGGAUGCAAGAGGUUCUGGCGCAUCAAUCUGGAACAUCUACAGCUUAUCCAGCUUCAUACGGAUAGUAACUUUCUUGACUUUUAAUGCAGUGUUGUGGUGAUACAUUGUCAUUCAUUGGAUACAUUAAAUCCAUUACUAACAAAAGUGCUUUUUAAAAAAAAAAUGCAGUGGUUAUGCAUGGGUUUUUUUUCAACUCUGUGUUUUUAAAUACUUCAUAUUCCAUUGUAGGUGAAAGUAAAAAAAAAAAAAAAAAAAAAAACAACCCCAC